AUGGGAUAAUUUGAAUUAACUCAAUACAUUUUAAGAUAUUUGAUGACUUUAUAUAUUUAAUAUGAAGUGAAUGUAUAAUCAUUAAUUAUUUAAAUAAUGAACAAUAUCUAAGGGUAUUCACUUUCAAAGCCAUCAACUAAAACCACAUAAGCACCAGGUGGUAAUUCAUCCAUCUCAUUUGGCUCUGAUGAGCCUGCUCCUCAAUAAAAACGAGUUGUAAGAGACCCUAAUGCUAGUCAAUUUACUCUUGGAGGAGACCCUGCUCCUCAAAAAGGAUAGCAAUAAUAGCAACAAUAGCAACAAUAAUAAUAAUAGGAUUAAGGGACCCACACAUCAGUCAAAGUUAAGAAUCCACCUGGAGGUCGUUCAUAAAUACAAUUCGGAUGAAAUAUUAGUUAAACAAAUAAUUCAUUUACAAUUAAAUUCAUCUUACCUAUUUUAUAAA